GGCAACCUGAGGAACACAGAGACAGAAUAUACAUAUAAAGAAGUUUCCGUUUUGUCUGGAGAGAAGUGUGGGAAUGGGAUCAAAGAAAGUGGAUGUGAUGUUAGGGUUUUUAGGGUUUAUGCUUCUGGAUGGACUUCUCCUUUGCAUGGCCUUUGGCAACAUCAAAUACUAUGAUUUUGUUGUACAAGAGACAAAUUUUACAAAGUUGUGCAGCACCAAGAGUAUGCUCACCGUAAAUGGAAGUUUUCCUGGACCAACAAUAGCAGUUCAUAAAGGGGAUAUAAUUUAUGUUAAUGUACAUAAUCAAGGAAAUUAUGGUGUUACAAUUCAUUGGCAUGGAGUGAAACAACCAAGGAAUCCAUGGUCGGACGGUCCAGAAAACAUCACACAGUGCCCAAUUCAACCCGGAAAGAACUUCACAUACGAAGUCAUAUUUACCACCGAAGAAGGAACUCUCUGGUGGCAUGCACAUAGCGACUGGACCAGAGCCACCGUCCACGGUGCCAUCGUCAUUUUACCUGCUGCUGGCACCACUUAUCCAUACCCUACUCCUUAUUCCCAGCAAACACUUGUGAUUGCAUCAUGGUUUAAGGGAGAUGUAAAGGCAAUAAUUGACGAAGCCCUUGCAACUGGUGGCGAUCCAAACAUCUCUGAUGCUUACACUAUUAACGGCCAACCCGGAGAUUUGUAUCCAUGCUCCAAUGAAACCACAUUUCAUUUGCUAGUUGAGUAUGGAAAGACCUAUCUUCUCCGCCUAAUCAACGCAGUGAUGAACGAAGAACAAUUCUUUGGAAUUGCAAACCACAGUCUAACAGUUGUAGGACAGGAUGGGGCAUACCUUAAACCUAUAACCACAGACCACAUAAUGAUAACUCCAGGACAAACAAUGGACGUUUUGGUCACAGCAAACCAGGCUCCCAGUUACUAUUACAUGUCUUCUAAUCCUUUCUUUGAUAGCGUUGCUCCCUUUGACAAUACCACCAGUACAGCAAUUCUCCAAUACAAAGGCAAUUUUACUCGCCCAUCUUCUAUCCCAUUCCCAACCCUACCUAGUAUUACUAAUGAUUCUGCCGCUUCCAAUUUCACUACUCGCCUUAGGAGCUUAGCUAGCAAAAAUCACCCAGUAAAUGUCCCCAAAAAUAUCACUCAACAUCUCUACAUAACAAUUUCGGUAAAUGAACUGCCUUGCGCUAAUGCAUCCUGUGCAGGACCCAAUGGUGAUAGACUAGCUGCAAGCUUGAAUAAUGUUAGUUUUGUGACCCCAGAUAUUGAUAUCCUUGAAGCUUACUACAGGAGCUUGACUGGAGUUUUUGACGAGGAUUUCCCAAGUUUUCCGCCAAACUUUUUUAACUUCACUGGAGAUACAACCAAUGUUUCAGUGUUUACAGCCACAGGUACGAAGGUGAAGAUGUUAAACUAUGGAGAUGCAGUUGAGAUAGUUUUCCAGGGGACUAAUAUUGGUGCUGCCGAGAACCAUCCAAUGCAUGUACAUGGCAAUAGUUUCUACGUGGUUGGGAAUGGUACAGGAAAUUUCAACAAUCUGACUGAUCCACUGUCAUAUAAUUUGAUUGAUCCUCCAGAACUCAAUACCGUUGGAGUUCCAAAGAAUGGAUGGGUCGCCAUUAGAUUUUUUGCAAAUAAUCCUGGGGUAUGGUUCAUCCACUGUCACUUGGAACGGCACGCAAGCUGGGGAAUGGAUACUGUUCUUAUCGUGAAAAAUGGCAAAACUAAGGCCACAAGUCUUCGGAGUCCUCCAGCGUACAUGCCACCUUGUUCAUAGGCUGUUUUCCACAAUUAAGGUUAAUUUCGAUCAGUUAUUAAUCAGUGAGUGCGUCAAAGCAUUGUGACCUUUCAAUUAUGUGUUGCUUAUUUGUUUGCAAAUGUAAUAAUAUCUUCAAGACAUGUAAUUUGUCUGUCUUGAUUUGCUAAACUUAUUAUUUCCCUGAUUUGUAUAAGUGAUUGAAUAA